UUUAACCAACAUCACAAAUUGAUUGUACCGAGUGGGAGUUUCCAAGUUAUUAUUACUAAUAGAUAUGUUUCUGUAAUCAUUUCUGCAAUAGAUUCGUGAAAGUAUCAUUUGAAAUUAAUAAUAGUUUAUAGUGAAAGUGUAAUAAUAGUUCAAAAAUGUUCAGUUGGUUGUCAAAGGAUAAUAGUAAACAAGAAAUAUAUCAAAAUGUGGUGGAAGGACUUAAAAAUAUUUACAAAAACAAACUUCUACCCCUUGAAGAACAUUAUCAGUUUCAUGACUUUCACUCUCCAAAGUUGGAAGAUUCAGAUUUUGAUGCAAAGCCUAUGAUUCUUUUGGUAGGGCAGUAUUCUACAGGAAAAACCACUUUUAUAAAAUAUUUGUUAGAAAGGGAAUUUCCAGGGAUAAGAAUUGGCCCAGAACCUACAACUGAUAGGUUCAUAGCAGUGAUGUAUGAUGAUAAAGAAGGUAUGAUACCAGGCAAUGCUCUUGUGGUUGACCCUAAGAGGCAGUUUAGACCUCUGUCUAAGUUUGGCAAUGCUUUUCUUAAUCGUCUUCAAUGUUCCUUGGUAAACUCUCCAGUACUACAGAAUAUUUCAAUUAUAGACACCCCUGGCAUACUAUCUGGAGAAAAACAAAGAGUUGACAGAGGAUAUGAUUUUACUGGAGUACUUGAAUGGUUUGCAGAAAGAGUUGAUAGAAUUAUCCUUCUUUUUGAUGCACAUAAACUUGAUAUUUCUGAUGAAUUCAGAAGAUCAAUAGAAGCUCUACGAGGUCAUGAUGAUAAAAUUCGUAUAGUUUUAAAUAAAGCUGAUAUGAUAGAUCACCAGCAACUUAUGAGAGUAUAUGGAGCUCUUAUGUGGUCUUUGGGAAAAGUAUUACAAACACCAGAAGUGGCUAGAGUUUAUAUAGGUUCAUUUUGGGAUCAACCAUUAAGAUAUGAUGUAAAUAGGAGACUUUUUGAGGAUGAAGAACAAGACUUAUUUAAAGAUCUACAAUCACUACCAAGAAAUGCUGCUCUUAGAAAACUAAAUGAUUUGAUAAAACGAGCUAGACUCGCACAGGUUCAUGCCUAUAUUAUAGCUGAACUUAGGAAAGAGAUGCCUUCUGUAUUUGGUAAGGAUUCAAAGAAAAAAGAACUAAUCAAGAAUUUAAGUCAUAUAUAUGACAAAUUACAAAGGGAGCAUCAUAUUUCUCCAGGAGAUUUUCCGGAAUUAAAAAAAAUGCAGGAAGUUUUAAUUAAUCUAGAUUUUAGUAAAUUCAAUCCCAUAAAACCAAAAUUAUUAGAUAUAGUUGAAAGAAUGUUGUCUGAUGAUAUAUCAUUAUUGAUGGCAAAAAUUCCAUUGGAAGCAGAUGAGAAGUCUGCUAAGAAUGGUGAUGGUAUGGUUCAAGGUGGAGUAUUUACAAAUGUUAAAGAUACAAUUUCACCAUUUGGCUAUAAGAGGGGUGAAGGUAUAGAUGCUGGAGCAGGAGAGUUAGACUGGAUAGUACUCAGAGAGAAGCCUAAAUAUGAUGAAAUCUUCAAUUCAUUGUGUCCUGUGGAUGGAAAAAUUACAGGAACAGCUGCAAAACGUGAAAUGGUGAAGUCGAAGCUUCCAAACUCAGUACUUAGCAAGGUUUGGAAACUAGCAGAUGUAGAUAGAGACGGUAUGUUAGACGAGGAAGAAUUUGCUUUAGCUAUGCAUUUAAUAAAUAUUAAAAUUGAUAAUAAUGAUUUACCGUCAGAGUUACCUACACAUUUAAUCCCUCCGUCAAAACGUUGAUUUCACUAUUUUUGUAUCACAAUCCGCAAGUGCUAUUCAUUUUAUAGAUUUUAUCAAAUAUAUCUAGAAGUAUCAACUUUUACUGCUGCUGCAAAACUGAUUCGCUUUGAUAAAUAUUCAAGAUCAAAUAAUUUUACAAAAUAUAUUGCUGCCAGUUUCAUUUGCUUUAACAUUAAUGUUGUUGAUUUUGUUUCAAACAAUUUUUACAAAGUAAUAAUAAAUUCAAAAAAAUGUUGGAAGCUGAAGGUACCAAAGACAUUUAGUGUCAUAUUCACAACUCGCACGAUAAUUUGAAAACAAUUUGAGUUAGCAACAUCUUCACAUAUUAUUAAAUUUAAAUAGUAGGGGAUGGAAUACAAACUUUUCUAUAGAAAAUAAAAUAUUAAAAGUAUUAAAACUGAAAGGCUAUAAAUCUCCCAUAAUUAAAAAGUAUAAAUUGGAGAUUAGUUAAGCUGUUGCUUGUGCAAAAUAUUUUUUUAACAUUUUUGCAGUGAGGAAUCAGGAAAGUUAGACUAUUUUAUUAGCGGUAAUCUCAUUGGUGAUUUUUUAAUUUUUUGUUUAGUUCUUUGAUUAAUUUAAAAUAUUCUUCUAUAUGAUGUAGUUUGUUGGAGUUGCUAAUAUCAUCGGGAAAACAAAAUCAAAUUUUUUUCGUCGCGGCGUUUAACCAUAACAUCGUUUUCAGUGUUACUGAUACAAUACAAUAGUGAAUAUUUCUAUUAUUGACCUGAAACUACAUCAGCAACCAACUGCCUUCAAAAGAAACCUGUUUUCAAUUAGUUAUAAAGGGAAUAUGUUUUUGUUAAAUAAGAGAAAACCUAAGUUGUACAUAAUAUUGAUACCUCCAUUAAAUCCUUUUCAUCAGAAGCUGAAUCCAUAUUUUCACUUUAGUUACUGCUUAUACUUUCUAAUUCAUCAUCAGACACUUUUCACUUUGAACCUUUGGUCAAAUAAUGUCAUUUUCUUUCAUCAUAUCUAUGCACAGAUGGCUCUAAUGGUUGUCCAUAAAAUGAUACCUUUUUUUAGAUGACAGAUUCUGCUAUGUAUAAAAAAUGUCCAUUUUCAAGGGAAUAUCUAGUAACCAUUUCAUUCAGGUCUUCAAAGAAAUAUUACACGUUUGGCUUAUUAACAUUUUCUCUAAAUAUUUCGCUUCAAAGAUUCUUUGAAAAAAUUCUUUGUUUAUAAUCAUUUGAAAACUAUAGAUGCCAUUGCCUGCUUUAUCUUUCCAUUCUCAUUUAUGAAACCUAGGCUUCUGACCAUAUAAAAAAUAUUAACCACCAACUUUCUACAUAUUUAAGAACAAUUUCUGGAAACGUACAUGUUUUGGAAGUUUAAUAUGUUGCUGGUUUUAACAGCUUUAUAAUUUCAAUUAUAAAGAAAGAAGCACAUCUAUACUAUCAACCCUGUCUCAGCAUUUAUAAAUUGAUUUUGACACCUAGUGCCUUUGGAAGGGCACUGUUCAAAUAUUUUCAAUAGCAAAGUUGAUCCUAGAAAAAAUGAUGGAGUUAUACUAAAAAAUACUCGAGAAUAAAAUUACGACUAUAUUUAAUUAUUUAUUUUUUGCGUUAUAUAUUAUAUUUAAAUAAUUUUUUAAACUAUUUAUAUUAAAAUACAUUUGCGGAUGCUUUGAUCUUUAUACAAAAUUGAACUAUUUUUGUAAUAUUUAUCCAUUAUAUAUAAUCCAACACUCUUUUCAAACUCAACAAAUAUUUAAAACUCAAAAAAAAAAUUUAUUUCAGUUUAUUAAAAACUUUUGUCCUUUUGUAUUGUACGGAUUACUUGACAUAAAUUACGACAAAUUCGAAAUUUAAUUUAAAAUACUAUUAGCACAAUAAAAAUAAGAAAUGUAUUCGAUAUUGCAAUAACUGAAAUAGAGCUGAAAUUUGUGACUGAUACUAGAUAUGCCAUGUUCAAACUCAAAAGUCAAAGUCAUCGGUUUUUUCGGUGUUACUAUAUCGCAAAAAUAAUAAAAAAAUCUGCACGCAGCAGAAAAUUUAAUGAACUGAAUUAAUUUCUACUGAUAUUUCAUUUCAAUUUAAUCACUAGAUUAUCAUAAUCAGUAUCCAUAUCAUUCAUUGUACUGAACUGUUAAUUAGCAAAAUGAAUUAAUAUAUUUGGAUUAACAUUUUUAGUUCUACACUAACUUAAGUAGGUACACUGUUUCAAAUGAACAACUUAUCAUUUAAAAAUAACCAUUCCAAAAUAGGGAUGUUUAUUUAAACUAUAUUUCCAAAUGAGUCAGAAAGAUCAUGAGGCUUGGACUUUUACCAUAUCUUUAUUAUCUGGAUAACUCCCCUUGUUAUUCGAAAAAACAAAAACGGAAUUCCUAUUGAUUGGCUGUUUUCUUCCCUUCCCUUUUUUAUGAAGAUAUAAAGAGAAGUAUAAAUUCGAUUGCAUAUUACUUAAGAAAACAUAAAAUUUUGGAAGGUUAUUUAUUGAAGUGGUUCAUUUGAUUUAGGGGCUAUAUUUUCAUCUUUAAUUGAAGUUCUAAAUAAUUACAGUUUUAUAUGACAGAUGCAUAUUUAGAACUUGCUAAAAAUGUGAUUCUCUCGCCCAAAAAGUGAUUUUCGCUUCUCGCAGUUUAAUUUUUAAGUAGAUACAAUGAUAACAAUCAAAUAUGACUGGUCAGAAUAAUUGGUGUAACACAUAACAAAACAGUAACAUUCUUUUGGGGUAUGCAAAAAACCAGAUGUCAGAUCUGGACUGAGUGGUGAGUGGCAAAGUAGUUUAUUAUCUUUGACCAUUAUUUUCAUCAAUUUGUAACAUUGUACUAAAUCAACAUUUCAUUCUUUUGAAUUUGAAGAAGUUAUUUUCUUCUCUCAAUUCCUCAAUUCCAGUUGUUGGAGGAAUAAAGAGCUUAUAUUCCGGAACUUGCAGCAGCAUCCUUGCCAGUGAUAAUGAUAUUAGAAAUAUUUUGUUGGCCGGCACGUUAAAGUUAUAUAUCAGCGCCAUAUUUAAAAUUGUGCUUGUGUUGCUUACAAUGUUUACGAUUCUAAUUUAAAUAUAUCUGAAGGAACAUAUAGACCUCCAAAGUUAUUAUGUAAUAACAAAAAAUAUAACCUACAAUCUAUAUCAAAAAAGGAGAUGUUAGGUUUCGCAACAAUUAGUGUGAUUUUUUAAACACAGUUUGGCUCAUCUAGCGAACCUGAUUACGAUCAGAUGUUGGUUGUUGUUUUUCACUAGUACAAUAUAGCAUCAGUUUAUGACAUCAUCACCACUGGGCACGGUACUGCUAGCAUAUAUUUUGGAAUAAGGGUAGAAUGUGUGAUUGAAGAAUUUUGAUAUUUUUAAAAUCGCUGUAAUAAUUUUUGAGAAGGUGUUAUUGGUACCAUCGAUUCUCAUAAAUCCCUCCAAUAGCCUAAUGUGCACAUUGUGAAAGGUUUUUACUAAAACAAAUUGAACCUGCUUCUCAACUAAUGCUGCUCUACACAUGUUAACACAACAAAAUCUAAAUAUUUUUCUUUGUAUUUAACCGUAGUCCUCAAUUUUUGCUCCUGUUUUGACGAUAACUACCAAUAAUAAAACAUAUUUAUGGUAACACUAUUUCAGAUUAUAACAAGUACAUUCGCCAUUAAUAUUUGGUUGGUGUUAAUUGUAAAUAUGGCAUGGGUGUUUACCUGUUCCAUGAAACAUGUAAUACAGGGUGUAGUCAUAGCAAAUAUAAACUGAAAAGAACUAUGUACCAUUUUAUAGGAGUUUUUAAUAUAAUAUUGGAAAUGUUCAGUUACGACAGAGUAGUUCAAACAAUUCGCAACUUUGCAACACAAAAUAUUCGCUUUUGAAUAAGUAAUUUCAAAUGGAUAGUUAAAAUAAGAGCUUUUAAAAUAGACUCCUCAAAUCUCCUUUUACAUGGUUUGCAAUAUUAACUCCUAUGGACUUCAAUUUAGUUAUUUUUAAAAAUUUUUAGUGAAGCUAUUUAUAGAAUUAGGUAUAUAUGAAGACAUUGAAACAAUAUGAACUGAUUAAAUUUCUAAACAGUAUAUGUGAAUGUAAUGAAUGAUAGAACAGUAUAUCCUAAUCAAAAGUAUCCAAUCUCUUUUACACUUUCUUUAUAUUGUCUUAACAUACUGUGGGAGCAAUAGUAAGUAUUGGAUAAUUAACUGUUUUUCUUACUGGAUUUGCCAUUACUUCAAUACUUAAAUUCUUUUCAAUAUUUUUGAAAUGGUUUCAAACAUAAAUUUAAAAAACCAUGUUCACAACAAUGAAAAAUGGCGAGAUAUGUAUGGAACAUCAUAUUUACAUUUGCUUUAUUUUACAAAUACCAAAAGUUUUGUAAUACUAGUUCUAACUAAAUUAUAAUCUAAUAUAUUGGCGGAUCAUAUUCGGAAAAAAAUUGUAACAAUCAAAUCUAAUGUAGGUAAUUGGUAUUUGUUACACUGUAACUGAGUGGACUUGCUCUAAUGAUUUUUAAAAUGCUAGAAUAAGGCUAUAAAAACAACAACAAAAACAACCUGAAGUUGUUUCUAAAAGUUGCAAUUUAUUAGAUUAUAUCACUCAAAUAUACUUUCAUAUUUUUGUAUCUCUAAAUGUGAUAAAGAAGUUCACAAUUCUAUCCAACCUAUAAUUAUAAACUACUAAACAAUAGUCUGUGACUACCAAGAAAAAUUUUACCAUUUAUUAGCAAGUCAUCGUACAUAUUAAUAAUAAUAGUUUUUUUAGUCUUAAGACUAGCCUAUGUGACAGCUUUACGAAAAUUUUGCCACCUAAUCUUUCUCAUAUAUUUUUAGUUAGCUUCUACAAUAUCCAUUAAUUAUACUUCUUGUCUCGUGCAUUAUUCUAUGAUUUUACCUUAUUUUUCAAUUAAAAAACACGGAUGUAAUAAAAAGUCAACUUAUUAUAGGUAUACAAUGAGGUAUGAUUUUGUGGAUACUAUACUUAGAUUUCAUUAAAAUACAACUAUAAAAAUAUAAAGAAAAAUUCACGUAGUCAGACACUUGUGGGUGGUAGUGUGAAAAAAUAUCUAUCCUCUUUUAUCAUUUCUAUAGAUCUAAUUGUAGAACUUUAUUUUCCUACAUUAUUUUUUUCCAAGUAUUGAUCUUCCAUUAUCCUAUUUAAUUGGCAAUUUUACUAUGAACAAUGUGAUAAAUAAAUUCGUAGCAUGUAUAUUUGUAUUAUAAAUCACACUGUAGAUAAGUUUAACUUAGGUCACUUAAUAUGUUUAUUUGGGUUUGAGCAUACCCUCAACUGCCGAAUGAAUUUAAAUUAUUGACAAAUUUAAUAUAUUUUUGUAUAUUAUUUCACCCAUACCAUUAUAGUUGUUAAGCACUUGUAGAGUUUGUUAAUAUUAUUUGAUAUCCUAUCAUUAUUUAGUAGUAAAUGAUUUAAAAGAAAAAAUAAAUGAAUUUAUAUGUUA